CAAUUUCGUUUGCGCAUAUUAUUCGAAAUUUUUUCCGUUUUUCGUAUUUUUUACAAAAUACAGUUUAAAUAAGUUCCCUUUGGACUCGUGCAUUGUUUUAUGUUUUAUCAACGACGUAAGCUAUCAAUUGAAAUGUCGAGUUACUUUCGUGAAACAUCACGGUGAAACAUGAAGCUUGUGAUUGCUUUAGUCUGUUUUCUAACGAUAUCGCGCGCGUUUUCGAACCAAACUGAAAUCGAAGCCGAAGAAUCAUCUCCAGAAGCAGAAACUAAAACAGAAACUGAAUCUGAAAGCGCACGGGAAAUACACCCGGAUGAAGAUACGACCGCCCUUCCAAUCGAAACUACAAAAUUUAUGAAAGAACUUAAGCUGGAAGCCGAGAAGUUUCAUGAAAAUUUGGCCGGUCCCUUAUUCGAAAGAGACAUCGAAUCCUUAACGUCCGCCUGCAACAAGGGCAAUAGAGGUAAAUACGAACCGAGCAAAAUCAUGGUGUCCUUAAGAAAAGGGGACGGUCUCAAUGGUUACCGACACAUAUGCUCUGGAGUUUUACUCAACGAAAAUUUCGUACUGACCGCUGGAAAUUGCGUAAGAAACGUCCAAGAACGCCCUGAUGUUGCUGUGGAAAUGUGGCGAAUAGAGGAAUUCAUGGACCAGAAGCAAAGCGAAUACCAAUACUACACGGGCGCAGUCAACCAUAUUACCGGCUACAGAUUGUCCGAGAACGAAGGGGCGUUGUUGAGACUGGCCGAGCCGGUCCUCGAAGGGCCGAACGUGACCUACGCCAUCCUGCCCAAGUCGGGAGUGUCGGGCAUCUUCCAUCGCUUCUGCCCCGCCGUAACCACCAUGGGCUGGGGCAUCAGGAGCAAGCGGUCGCAGUACGUGCAGUGCUUGGAGGUGGUGAAAUUGCCGGACGAGGAAUGCGAGGAGGCUUACCGAUCGCUGAUCGACGAAGGCAGGUGCACCUACGACAGCGACGUGUCGUUUUGCACGGUGGCUUCCAAGGAAGCCCACCCGGACGUCGGGAGCCCUCUGACCUGUAAUGCUGCUAUGGUGUUCGGAAUGGUGUCUCUGGUGGUGAACGAUUCGUUUCCGUUGAUGAACUACAGGGUGGACAAGGAGCUGCGGUUUAUAAACAAAUUGAUCGGUCACCGGAAGGUUACGCACUUGAAAUUGGGCAAAUCUGGUGGCGGUAAAUCCUCUUUUGCUGCUUACCUAUUUCUAUUGAUUUUGCUUGUUACUAAAUUUGUCAAUUGAUAUUUGGAAAUAAUUUGUUUUGUGAAAAAUAAAUUCUGA